AACACCUACAAGGCUAGAACCAGCCAUCCGUUAGCUGUCGCUGCUGGGCUUCUUCAUCUUCCCGCGUCACUGCUGCCGCCAUGCCCGGAGGUCUGCUUCUCGGGGACGAGGCUCCCAACUUCGAAGCCAAUACUACCAUCGGCCGCAUCCGUUUCCACGACUUUCUGGGAGACUCAUGGGGCAUUCUUUUCUCCCACCCUCGGGACUUCACCCCAGUGUGCACCACAGAGCUUGGCAGAGCGGCCAAGCUGGCACCAGAAUUUGCCAAGAGGAAUGUUAAGAUGAUUGCCCUUUCAAUAGACAGUGUCGAAGACCAUCUUGCCUGGAGCAAGGAUAUCAAUGCUUACAAUGGUGAGGAGCCCAAGGAAACGUUACCUUUUCCCAUCAUUGAUGAUAAGAGUCGGGACCUUGCCAUCCAGUUGGGUAUGCUAGACCCAGCAGAAAAGGACGAACAGGGCAUGCCUGUGACAGCUCGUGUGGUAUUUAUUUUUGGUCCCGAUAAAAAGCUGAAACUGUCCAUCCUCUACCCAGCUACCACUGGCAGAAACUUUGAUGAGAUUCUCAGAGUAAUUAUCUCUCUCCAGCUGACAGCAGAAAAGAGGGUUGCCACUCCGGUUGACUGGAAGAAUGGAGACAGCGUGAUGGUCCUUCCAAAUAUCCCUGAAGAGGAAGCCAAAAAACUUUUCCCUAAAGGAGUCUUCACCAAAGAGCUCCCAUCUGGCAAGAAAUACCUCCGUUACACACCCCAGCCAUAGGCUCUCCAAGGAGUUGGUGCUGGAGCUGCUCACUUAGCACCAUGAGCCAGAGGAUGCCAGCAGCCCCUCUCAUUUUCCUGCAGCAGUUCCAUAAAAACAUCCUGGUGUGAUCUCAGCCAAGGUCUUUAGGUUGCUAUACUACUAGCUUAUUAAAUGAAAAUGGCACUAAAAAUUCCUUGGGAUUCUUUGCUCUGUGCCUUCAGCAGCAUUCUCUUCUCUUCACCUAUCAGCUCUCUGCCAACUCUCUGAAAUGUGAGGCUCAUCUUGUUGGAUCUCUGCAGGGUCAAUAAGAUGGUAUCAGUUUAUGGUUGAAAGAAAUCGGCUUUGCUCCAUCAGAGAUUGACUAUCAGGCUUUUUUGUUUUGUUUUGUUUUGUUUUUUAGCUAUUCUAAUCAAAUCCUCUCUUCUGUUACCCAUUUUGGAAAGCAAUAGAACGUGGGGUUCAACUUCCCUGUACACAUCUAAGUACAGAACCUAAGGAUGUAGAGUACUCCAGAUGUUCUUCAGUAUUCCAUGUUUUGAUCACAGCUGGGAAAAACUUUUUCAAUUCUGUACUUUUCCAGUUGAUGACUGAAGCUGGGGGAGGGAUCUUUAAAUACUUUGCUAUCAAGAAAUUUUUUCAUUGAAUUUCUGUUGAAAGGGGGCAACUACAGAAAAGGUUCCCCUUCCCUGCCAGGGAGGUGUACCAGAAGGCAUGAGCAGUACAACCAGUGCCAGGUGCCUUUCAAAGUAUCUCUGGAUGUCGGUCUGCUCUAUGAUGAAGUGCCCAUGAAAGUGCACACCUUGGCAAGAGAGGACAAUUGGAAAUGUUCUACUAUAGAAUUAGUCAUAAGUGGGGGAGGGGGGCUAUUUUCUGAAUUUUGCUUUUUAGGAAUCAGCAAAUAAACCCUUUGUUAAAAUGCAAUCA